UCAACCUCAUCAACCUCAGCCACAGGCAUUUCACAAAGAAAGCUGCAUGGAUGAGACAAGCCUCUGAUAAAAUGCCAAAAAGUGCAAGUGGAAAGGCAAAGGCAAAGGACUGUCAGAGGAAGGUGUAGGAGUGCAGAUUGCAGCUCCCCCUGUUGAUGGAGAGGCUAACACGGAGCUUGUCAAGUACUUGACCAAACUGCUAGCUGUUCGGAAGUCAGACCUCACCUUGGACAAAGGAUCCAAGUCUCGCAACAAAACUGUUCUCGUAGACAGUGCAUGCGGUUUGUCUGUUGAAGAGGUGAUAGAAAAACUUCAAAAUGAGAAAGAUUCCUAAGUGCUGGACUUCUCUGAAAGCUGUCUUGGUUUCGACUCAGAGUCUUUUGCAGGUGCAUCAACAACUUCCUGCAUGUUAUUACAGUAAGUUGACAUUUGCGUCUGAUGUUGGCUCCGGAAAACCAGAUAGAUCCAAGAGGAAGAAGAAAAGUUCAAAUCAGAAAUCUUCACUCUCUGAAGUGGAUUCUAGUCAAGUCACUGAUGCUACCCGCUCCGAGCCGAAGGGGUCCCAGUUCUGGAUGAUCAAUAUGCACAAACGUCUAAUGGAAUCAGUAUAUCUGCCGCCUGUCAAAAAGAGUUACCCCAGAUAUAGUGAAGAUUUCUUGCAGUCAUUGUCAACACUUGACCUCAUGUCACAAGCCAGAAAUAUCCAGCAUGUGGAUAAAGAAACAAUGAAAGUCAUUACUGCGCUGUGGAGGCGUCUGGACUCCAUGACGAUGGAAGAAAUGAUCACAGUGGCUGACAUCUUCUACAUGAACCAGGUCCCUAACCCAUGGUACACAACAGCCCUUAUUUCCUACAUCACUGAAAUGUUUGAUCUUCUUUACAUGACCCCUCACCAACUGACGCGGUUCACGAUGCAUGUGGCAUGCCACGCCCAUUCUCCUCCCUAUUUGCAGAUUGCUUUAGAACAAAGACUUGCUGAGACUUUGGAUGAAUUCAAUAUAAACCAGGUGUGUGUGUGCUGCCAUUUGUUCUUUUUUGGAAGAACAAGAAUUAAAUCUGCUACCCUUUUGGAUCGGAUUGGUCAGAAACUGUUGGAUGAAUUCGAUACUGUAAAAAAUUGGUACUUACCGAUGAUAAUGAAGACUUUCAGGCUUUCAAAUUAUGUGAAAGUGAGUUUCUACAAAUCUCUGGGAGACCUGAUUGUGAAAACAGACUAUUUCUCUCAGUACAGAACUGUAGGUCAGAUGAUGCACUUUGCCUUUGCCUUCGCCUCGGUGCGCGUCACACACCCUGAUCUAUUCCUCUACCUUUUACGUCAGUGUCUGAGACCACAAUUCAAACGCAGGUUCAAAGACAUUCCCAAGAUCAUUUGGGCAUGUGGCACGCUGGUCACCAAUGAUCGGGAGCAUCUGAAUCUUGUGCACAUGAUUUUAAAGAAAACUCGGUUCCAGAAAGAAGACAUGCAGAGGUAUCCUGACAAUUUGGCUGACUUACUGAUGGGUCUGGCUUUCCUGGGUAUCUACCCUCCUACACUGCUGGACUGGUUGUUUGAGCCCUCCAUGGUCAAGGCAUUGACAGGCCUGAAAAAAGAGAGAGAAAAGUUUUUGCAACUGCAGUUCUUAGACAACAGUUUGAGGAUUGAAUGUCCAAAGUACACAGGGAACCGUCUUUCAGAGGCUUACCGUGAUGUUGUGAGUGCAAAGCUGUCCAAAUUCCGUCCUGAGAUUGACACACAACUCCGCAAGAGCAUCAAUCCGGCUGUGUCUGCACUCAGGGAUGCUGUGGGCUCGGAAUGUGUUGCCUGUGACUUUAUCUUACCACACGUCAAGUCUGCAGAUAUUUUGCUUUGCUUUGAUCGUGAAACACGGGAGUUCAUCCCUCCUGCAACUGUUCAAUGGGAUGGCAAAAAUUCUCCAGGUCUUUCCAACUCUAGGGAUAAAGAGAAGCUCCAGCACAUUGUGAUUGUUCUUCUGAGUCGACCUCAGACUAGCUUUGAUGGCAAGCUGCUUGGCCUGGUACACACCAAACUCCGGCAAUUGAGGUGCUUAGGAUUUAAAGUAAUCACAAUACCAGCUGAAGAAGCUCUUCUGUACACUAUACAGGACAGAAUGUCCACACAGCAGGCUUUGAUGUCACAUGUGCAAGAGGUCAUCCAAACUGUGUGAAAAGAAUUAUCCCCUUUUGCGGUGAUAAAUUCUUUUGGUUUUUUCAUAUUGCUGGGUAAUCAUUUCCGAAAACAAAGGAUAUUUAUUACUGUACAUUUCCAUGUACUAGGAUGUGCAAGCUGUGGGUUGUUUGAAAAUUUCUUCAUUGUUUCGUAAAAAACGUUAUUGAAAUGCAGCAGUCUUUGAAUACUUAUCUGUUCCACCACAGUGAAAUCUGAUCUCAAAAUAAAAAGGAUAUCAGUUUUGUGAUAAUUUUUUAAUCCUCUGAAGUAAUCACUGUAAUGUGUAGUAAAUGUGCAAAUAGAAUCCAUUCAGUCAGAAAAGGAAAAUUCCCCACAACUUGUGUUGUUUUGUUUGUUUGAGCUGGCUUGAUUCUUUAAAUUGUAUGCACUGAACUUUGUUGACAUUGAAUUUGCAAUGGUUUUAUUAUGGUAACUUUGGCUGGCAAAGUAAACUAUCUGUGGGGUUAAUUUAGUCUAUCAUGGGUGCUGAUUUGAGCAAGUCGCUUUAACUUGACCUCAAAGACAAUGAUCUACACUGUGGCAGCCAGUGUUGGUUUGUUAAUUUUUGUUUGAAUUUGUUAAUUUAUUGUUUCCUUUGCACACUGAAUGUGUCAUUUGUUCGAUUUCUGUGCCUUUGUGUAUGCCAUUGUCAGACUGAUUUUUGAAUCAAAAUAAUGAAGUGACAUUUGUUUUUCUAUACUAUUUAUUGUAACUUCCUCGGUAUGUUUGUUCUGCACUGUGUUAGGGUGUGUUGUUUGUUCAGUUGCAUUAUGUUCAGUUGCUGUUCCAGCAACAGUUUUAGAUCAUAAAAAGGUCAAUUAGAAAA